UUACUUCAUGCAUAUUUUAAGCGGUAAUGGCGCCCAAUUACUUUAAAAGCAUCGUUUAUGAUUUGUUCAAGGAGUUUUCGUAUUGGUACAACAUAUGUAAUGCCAAAAAAUUACCUAUUAUUUGAUUGCAAAUGGGUUUGGUACCUUUUUCAGGAGUACUUCUGCCUACUCCUCUGGUCAAAAGUUUUUUCCUGUAGCUUUUUUCUUCUUUCCUAUUAUAAUUUUAUCUUUUUCCCGACCUGAAGUUUGUUAGGCAGGAGUGAAGCAUUUCUGGAUAAGGCAUUUUCACCUUAUAUAAUUAAUACACUAUUACCAUUGAUCAUCACCAAACAAUAUGAAUAAAAGUUUCAAUACUUUGUGCUAAAUAAUAAUUUGGUUUGGUUAUCAUGUUAAACGCGAGUCAUUGAUAAAUAGCAGCCAGUACUAUCUAAUAAGUAGGUAAUAAAACAAAAAUUCCCAAUUAUACUGUCAUACGUUUGUUCAGUCUUUGAAGUCGUACCUAUCUGCCUAAAAAAAAUACAUAAAAACAGUCAGUAUAUAUUCAAGUCGUGUAAUUGUUAAUCCAAUUCUAAAUUUGCCCAGAACAAUACAGUAUUAUGCUUUUUAAACAAAUUAUUUUGGUAAAAUGUUUGUUUUUAUUGGUUUUUCUGGUGAGAAAUGGUAUGGCAAGUUUAUCAAAUUUUACUGAAUUACAUGAAGAGGUUCUGAAGUUGAUAACAAAUUUUGAUACAUAUCAAAUACCCAAAAAUAAUGAUGAAUAUUUUUCGGAUAACACCUCUAAGGAAAAAGGUAAAGCACGUUUUAUUCAUACUAACACAAACUUUACCAGAAAAUGGCUAAUUUUUAGAUUAUGGAACAUACGAUUUUAUAGUUAUUGGAGGAGGAACUGCAGGUGGAGUUCUAGCCAAUAGAUUAACAGAAGAAAAUUGGUCAGUUCUAUUAGAGAAGCUGGUCCUCCAGAACCAGAUACUUCAUCGAUACUCGGCCUAGGUGGAUAUCAUUUCCGAAGUAUUUGGAGUUGGGGAUAUAAUACCACCACACAAAAACAUGCUUGUUUUGCUUCAGAUAAUCGACAAUGUUUUUAUCCAAGAGGUAAAAUGUUGGGAGGCUGCAGCAGCCUUAAUGUAGGAAUGUAUUCGAGAGGACAUCCAAAAGACUUCGACACAUGGGCAUCCGGAUGGUCCUACAAAGAUGUUUUACCAUAUUUCAAAAAAUCGGAACAAGCUAAGUUUACAAUAGAUAUAGACCGUAGUUAUCAUGGAUUUGAUGGACUUCAAAGCGUCGAUGUUCCUGAAGAUACACCAGGAUUGACGUUAGAUUUAAUAAAUAGUUUCAAAGAGCUAGGAGCCAAAGAAGUAGACUAUAACGGUGAAAGCGUAUAUGGAAUAAGUAGAAUUCAAGAAUAUUUAGGCAAAAAUAUUCGUUCUAGUACAGCACACGCUUAUAUAAGACCAGCUGAAAAUCGUCCCAAUCUUCAUAUAACUACAAAUUCUUUGGUAACAAAAAUUGACAUAUUGGAGAAAAGGGCUAGAGGAAUAAGAUUUGUUAAGGAUGGGCAAAAGUAUACUGCAAGAGCAUCUAAGGAAGUUAUUGUUUCAGCUGGUGCUAUAAAUUCUCCACAAAUAUUGAUGCUAUCUGGUAUUGGACCACUCAAAGAACUCCGAAAACACAAAAUUAAAGUGAUUAAAAAUUUACCAGUAGGCAAACAUUUCCAGGAUCAUAUGCUUUAUCCAGGAUUGUAUUACAGAACUGAUCAUGUAUAUUAUAACUUAACUUUGAAAGAACAAUUGAGGCUCUGGUACAAAAACAAGCGACCAUUGGUCGCUGGACUUGGAUCUCAAUUAGUUACUUAUUACAAUUUUCAGAAUAAUACCAAUGAAAGGCCAAAUAUUGAAAUCGUUGUUGUUGGCCCUCCUGCUGCAAACAGUAAAUGGGGAGCUGUUCUAGGGUACAAUGAGAAAUACUCUGACAUUUUUAAAAGUCUCAAUGGACUAACUGAUAUUAUGAUUUUCGUAAUGUUGUUACAUCCAAAAUCCAUAGGAGAAGUAACACUAAAAUCUAAAAAUCCAAAUGAUUUUCCUCUAAUCAAUACAAAUUAUCUUGCCAAUGAAAAGGAUGUUGAUAGUAUUUAUAAAGGAGUACAAAGAGUACUAGAAGUAACAAAUACCAAAGCGUUUGAAAAUAUUGGUAUUCAAAUGUUAGAUUUGCCAAUGCCGGGUUGUGAUGAGUUGCACAGCAAGUUUUCCAGGAAAUGGUGGUAUUGUUCUAUAAAAUAUUUAUCAACCACUCUGUAUCAUCCCAUUGGUACUACCAGAAUGGGUAGAAGUUGCAAAAACUCGGUAGUUAACUCGGAAUUAAAAGUUCAUGGAAUUGACGGACUCAGAGUUGUCGAUGCUAGUGUAAUUCCAGAUUCUAUUUCUGGUCAUCCAAACGCACAUAUUGUGAUGCUUGCUGAAAAAAUAUCAGAUACCAUUAAAAAUGAAUAUAGCCAAAAAAAUUAAUUCAAAAUAUAGUCUUUGUAGUUUGUUUAGUGAAAACUUGAACUUUGUGAUAAUUUUAAACUUCCAACUAAUUGCCUUGAGCGAUUUUUCUUUAUAAACAUAAUACAGACGUGGAAAAAU